ACACACACGCACACACACACACGCGGGGCAGCCACCGGGGCCAUCAUGAACCUGGAGGUGUUCUCGGGGUCCGCCUUCCAAGACAAGGUGUGCAGCGACUCGGAGGGCAGCGUCCCCUCCCCCCUGUCGGGAGAAGAGGAGUUGGGGUCGGACGGGGACUGCGCGGCCAACAGCCCCGCGCCCACCACCACCACCACCACCACCACCACCAUCACCCCCCCCACCACCCCCACCUCCAGCACCCCGGACCCCGACCCCCGCCCGGGCCAGGAGGCGAAGGGCAACAAGACCUACACCCGGCGCCCCAAGCCGCCUUACUCGUACAUCGCGCUGAUCGCCAUGGCGGUCCGGGACUCGGCCACCGGCCGCCUGACCUUGGCCGAGAUCAACGACUACCUGAUGAAGAAGUUCCCCUUCUUCCGGGGCGGCUACACGGGCUGGAGGAACUCGGUGCGGCACAACCUGUCCCUGAACGACUGCUUCGUCAAGGUGCUGCGGGACCCGUCCCGGCCCUGGGGCAAGGACAACUACUGGAUGCUGAACCCCAACAGCGAGUACACCUUCGCCGACGGGGUGUUCCGCCGCCGGAGGAAGCGCAUCGCCCGCAAAGCCCUCAAGGGACCCGGGGCCGGGGACGCGCCCGGGGUCGCCCCCUCACCGCCGCCCCCAACACCACCACCCACCCCGGCGGCGGAGGCGGGCAAGGGGUCGGGGGGCACCCGGGCCAAGUUCUCCAGCUCGUUCGCCAUCGAGAGCAUCCUGAGCCGACCCUUCCAGCGGCGGGAGGACAGGUUGGCCGAGCAGGUGGGCCAGAUGUUCUGGUCCAGCGCUCCGCUGGCGCCCUACCCCUUCGUGCCGUACGCGCGGGUCGGCCCGGUCCCGGCCCUGUUUCACGUCGGCCCGGCCGCCCCCUCGCUGCUGCCCGCCCGCGGGUACCCGGCCCCCGGGCCGGACCCCCCCCACGCCACCGCCACCCCCGCCAAACCCGUCCGGCCCGGGAUGGCCGAGUCGCAGCGGGACUGCUCCCGCCUCCCGUUCCCGGCGGCGAUGCUUCCCGGUCGCUUCCAUCCGUUCAGGAUCGAAUCCCUGAUCGCCUAGAAGACAAGUGUCAGGACCUGACACACGCACAUCCACACAUCCGCACACCCCCACCACACACACACACACACACAUACACACACACACGCGAAUAACACACGACUCCCACCCAAUCGGAGGGCGACAGAGCCCGAGUUCUGCACUUUUGAUCAGAUCUUAUUAUAGGAGAGAUAUUGAGUGUGUGUUGUGUGUGUGUGUGUGUGUGUGAGUGUGUUUUCCCGACCACUGCACUGGGACCCGAUGAAAGCUUUUAUUCGAAUAAAAGGGUCCAAUACACUGAACCUGGUUUCCUGCAUCUCGACAAAACCAGUCGUUCCGGUCAAACCACCGAAGGACCACCACCACCACUAUGUUAUCGAGACUGCAGUCAUCCUUUCUGAGAGCAGGUAGUGAAAAGCGUGAGAUCAACUGGAUAUCGGAUCAUUUCUAACCCCCCACCCCACCCCCCACC